AUGCAGGCUAAAUCUAGUCAAGUAUUGAAGAAAAGAACGAAUGAAGUUGCUCAGGAUGAAGAACCACAGAUUAUGGUGGGUGAGGAGCAAUGCGAUGAUGAACGGAAAUUAAAGCAUUUAAAAAAUACUGGGCGAUUAGAAAAUCUGAAAACUGUUUUGAAUGCCAAAAAAUCACAGCGGAAAGUUACGCUAAAAAAAGCUCAAGGUGAUUUUGCAGAUCAGAUAGAAGGCGCAUUGACAAAGCAAGCGUCUUCUCACUUUGAUAAGUCGAAAAUGAAAAAAAAGGAAUCGAAUAAUCCACAGACUCGUACAAAAGUAUCAAACUCCAAACAUGAAACCUCAUACUACCAAUCAUCUCUUUUUUCCGUCCCUUCUACAGACACCACAACACAGAUGGACUUGGAAAUGAAAUAUGCUGAAAUAGGUAUCACUGUAGACAGUGAUGAAUCUAAGAAAUUGAAAAAAAAGCCUAAAAUGGAAAGAAAAGAUGAUACACUGCGCAGUGUGGAUCCUGUAAUGCCAGAUAUGGAUUUACCUUCGCUUACUCUGAAUAGUAAAACGGAUUAA